AUGGACCGCGGUAUGGCUUUAUCUACGUUAGUAGCUGCAAUUGUCACUUACUACGUAUCGCUUGUAUUCUAUCGUUUGUUUUUUCAUCCAUUGGCUGUCUUUCCCGGUCCGAAACUCGCUGCAAUCUCGCGCUGGUACGAGGCAUACUACGACGUGGUUUUGAAGGGACAAUAUACACGAAAGAUUGCAGAUCUUCACAGAGAAUAUGGUCCAAUUAUCCGGAUCAGUCCGCAUGAACUUCACGUUCACGACCCGGCAUUCUUCGGCACGCUGUAUCGCGUGGACGGGCGCUGGGACAAGUAUACUUGGACGUACGAUGCAUUCGGUGCCAAAUCUUCCACGGUUUUUGGUUCAGACCAUGAUCUCCAUAAGACCCAUCGCCGUGCCAUUGCUCCUUUCUUCGCAAAGACGAAGGUUCUCGGCCGUCAAGAAAUGCUUCGGCGAAAUACUAAAAAGCUUUCCCUUCGCAUGACGAGCCUCAUUGGAACUACUUUCAAUCUGGGAGCAGCUAUUAGCGCUUUCACACGCGAUAAUAUUAACGAAUACGUGAUUGGCAAAAGUUACAACGAAACAGACCAUAAAGAUUUUAAUGUUGCACUGUCUAUUGCGUCUCAGGGUGCUGGAGUGUUUUGGCGGACCACAAAGCACGUACGCUGGUUUGGCCCCACAAUGAGGGCAAUGCCUAUCGAUUGGGCAAUGAAAAUAGCAGACGAUGGCACCAAAGCUUUCCUCCGUUAUGUCCAGAACUCCGAACGGGACACACAAGACACUAUGGCCGCUGCAGAAGCCUCUGACCCAGACAGCCAGUACCAGAACUCCAUGAUACACGAGAUGGUUCACUCGGCUCUUCCAUCUUCCGAGAAGACCUUUGACCAUAUCUUUGAAGAGGUAGCUACUGUGACAAGUGCAGGAUUUGAAACGACAGCCAACGUAUUGAGGCUGAUUCUUUUCCACAUCUACGCAAAUGAUCAUAUUCUUCAAAUGCUUAGGAAAGAGCUUUCUUCUCUCCAACCUGCAAUUUCCGAAACAGUCACACUCAGGCAACUCGAACAAUUACCAUAUCUCACAGCAACCAUCAAAGAAGGUCUGCGUUUGAGUCCCGGAAUCGCCUCAAGGAUGGCUCGCAUCACUAAUCAGGAGCUUUAUUACAACAACUGGCGCAUUCCUGCUGGAACGCCCACUGGAAUGACUACGAUUCUUUUGCACACUGACCCAAAACUUUACCCUAGCCCUCUGCGCUUCAACCCUGAUCGGUGGAUUGAAUCUCCGGAAACCCAAAGCCUUGAUGCGGUAUUUGCUCCCUUUUCAAGCGGGACGAGGACGUGCCUUGGCAUACAUCUGGCGUGGGCCGAAAUAUAUCUUCUCAUCGCUGAACUAGUGCAGAAUUUCAACUUCAUAAUUAAGGAUGCUACAGCGAGCGAUUUCGAGUUGGAGAUGGACAAUUUUGGGAUCGGUACCAAGGCUGGAUGCAACUUAACGAAAUUGCGCACUACAUUCAGUGCUCUCUGGACCUUCUCCGAUUUGACCAUCGUCCUUCUUCCAGUCAUGGUUAUAUGGCGGCUUCAAAUGACUUUACGCCAACGUAUUGGACUCGUACUGCUCAUGAGCGUAUCUCUUUUCACCACGGCCAUGUCUAUUCUCAGAGCCGUUGGUCUUAACCACAUUGCCGAUCAACAAUCCGGUCCCACAGCAACGGACGUGCAGUAUAAUGCGAGCCUAGAGAUCCUGUGGGCCUGCCUGGAGCAGGCCUGUGUUAUACUUAUGGGCUGUGUUCCUUCUCUUCGGUCCGUCGUGAGGCUGGAGAUCACCAAGUCGAUCUCAAGUUCGUUAUCAAAAGAUCCGGCUCUGCUAUCAAGACAGUUUUCUUCUCGGGAUUGGAGCUCAUUCCUUUUAAGGCAUUAUCGCUAG